GCCCGAACCCUCAGCCAACAGUUCAACCCUCGCCCCAACCGCCAGAGCCUUGCUUUCUUUGAUUUCUCUUUUUUCGCCUCAUCGUUUUGCGUAUUUUGCUCUUUUCUCUGCCUUUUUCACAUACUUUGCUUUCUCAGCGCUCCGUGCUGCUGAUACAACCACGCCAGCGUAUGUAACCUCCCACGCAAAAUUUCUCGAUAGCUUUGCUCUUCCAACCACCCAACACAACCAACAUCAUGGGCGAAUCAAAACGCCAACGCCGGUCGACGCUGCCCGAGAUGGCUCCUCAGCACCAAUCGGUAGAGUCGACCGCAAACGACGCCGUCACAAUUGAAUCGUACAGCGAGACAUCGCGCCUCAUGCAGACGUUCAAGAGAGCUUUUGCUUUUAUCGGCUUCCUUCGCGCCAACCUAGUCUUCGAAGAACACACAGAUCGCCAAUAUGGCGGCGAAAUCCGCGAUUAUAAUCCUCUCGCAGCGGCUACGAUACCCCCGACGCUUAUUGAAGAGGACGACGACGGCCCAGCUCCCCUCGUCGUCGACCUGCUUAAUACCCCGGAAAAAAAGGAAAUAGCAGACAAGAUGCUGGAGGAGUCCGUCACCGAGAUCCAAUACAAGACCGCCCGCUACAUUUUCGCUGCUCCGCGAGCCGUGCUGCCCAUUGGCGCUGUGCUCAUCUACCUGCACCGGUACUUUGAUUCGUCGACAUCCAUCACGCACCCUGCGAAACUCACGUCUGUGGGAAUCUUGAUUAUCUACGCCAUUUUCGUUUGGAUACAGUCGUACAAGUACACAUUAUAUGCCGAGCUUGUCUUGAACUCGUGGUUCAAAGAGAAGCCAAACAACACCGAUUUGCUGGUUGGUGUCCGCCUCCAAGGCACCGUCGUCGGCAUCGCCCUGCUGCGCAUCAUCAUGGAGCCCCAUGCUGCUGGUAAGCGCAAGGUUCGCAAUGCCAAUGCCCCGCCGGACGGACGAGGGUUCAUCUGCGCGUGGCUGGUUGCUCCAAAGCAUCGAGGCUCUGGUGUUGGUAGAGAACUGCUUCGAGCAAUCGUCACCAUCACGCGCGAGUGCUGUGGCAAAGAUGCUACACUCACGUUUGCUCGCCAACAUAUUCAUAGUCCUAUGGUGCUGCCAGAGUUCAUGUCGGGAGCACUUAAGCGGGAUGAAGCACGGGCCGCAAGAUCAUUGCGGGCUGUUAUGGAGGAGCCCGACGACAUCAAGGGGAAGAAAAAGUAAUGAAUACCGAUGCAUAGCGUUUUUUUUUCGUAUUAUAUACCCAACUCAAUCUCAAUCAGAAUGUAUAUAUUCCGU